AUGGCCGCAUUCAUGAGCUACUUUGGUGGGCGCCGUGAUCCGAAGGAGUCGUCAAGAGAUGCUAUUGUUACACUGCGGCAGCAGCUGCAGAUGAUAGACAAGAAAGAAGAGUAUUUGCAGAAGAAGAUUGAUGACGAGUUGAAGAAGGCGAAGGCAAAUGCUGUGGCAAAUAAGAAUGGUAAGCAGCAUCCUUUGCGUACCGGGACAGGAUCAUUCAUUCCGGAACUAUGCACCUUCGUCACCUACGGCCAAUGUACGGUUGAUGUAGCUGCGACAGCUGCGCUACGACGGAAGAAGGCCACGGAACAAGAACUGGACCGACUGCAGGGUACGCGGUUUCAGCUAGAAAUGCAGGUCAACACAUUAGAGUCAGCGAGCUUCAAUGCGGAGACUAUGGCGGCGAUGAAGCAGGCGAACAUUGCAUUGAAGCAUAUUCACGGCGCAACGUCAAUUGACACAGUUGACCGGACUGUAAAUGAGAUUCAAGAGCAGACACAACUGGCCAAUGAGAUCUCGGAGGCGAUUUCUACUAGCGCGUACACUGGUGUGGAAAUUGACGAGGACGAGCUGAAAGAUGAAUUGGCUGAGUUGGAGCAGGACGAGUUGAACGAGCGUCUUAUGGGUGCAGAUCAUGUUCCUGCACACCAACCCCCGGGAACAAGUAGGGUUGCGGAUACAGCCGAAGAUCCGGUUGAAGAAGAGAUAGUUGAGGAAGGUGACGAACUGGAGACAGAAAAUGUAGACGUGCUCAGUGUAGAGGAAGGAAGCGAGGUAGUAGCGAAGCUGAUAGAUGUGCUGGUUAACGCAACCGCGCAGAAACGGUUAGCGAGACCUUCAGCAGUGGAUAAACUCGUGGGACAUCCCGCUGCCAUGCAACUUGUCAAUUUCGAGGCGAAGAUUGCCGAGCUGAAGAUGUGUGAAUAUGCUGUCCCAUUUGCAUGGCAUAUGGAUCACCCACUUAAACUGGGAUAUGAAGCCGUGCUCGUGGAAGAGGCGUUCACACUACCACUACUACCCACACCCAAAGUCAAUGUCGCGGUUCCAGAAACUGCGGCCGAGGAACUCGACGAAGACGAGGUCACCGUGUUCGAGACUGCAACAGCUGAAAGGAACACAGACAAGAAAGAAAGCAACAGCGACGCGGGGAGAACAACGAACAUAGUUGUGGAUGAUGACAAGGACAAAAGGAAGGGAUCUUUUGGAGUGGCAAAAGCAACCGAGUAA